AUGCCACCCAAGAAGGCGGCCGCUGCCUCGGCGGCAUCCUCGAAGCCCUCGAGGGCAGGCACCAAGCGCAAGGCCGAAGAGCCCGUCGCUCCCACCGUCGCGAAGAAGGCAAAGGCCACUACACGCGCCGUAAAGACUCCCACCACCGCCGCGACCAAGGAGACGGCGCCGGCCAAAAAGGCCACCACCAAGAAGGCAGCUGCGCCAAAGCAGACCAAGAGCGCCGCUUCUCGAAAGCCGGCAGCCGCCACGAAGACCCAGAGCACUGCUGCUGCGAUCAAGAAAUCUGCCUCCCCUGCGGAGAAGAAACAGCCGGCCAGCAGGAGGCGCAAGGCCGAGACUGAGGUCACGUCUACACAACCGACCAAGAAGGUCAAGCCUCUCGAGAAGGGGCCAGUCAUCAACGAGCCGCCAACCGCGGCGCUCAAUGUCUACGUGUUUGGAGAAGGAUCGUCGGGAGAGCUUGGACUCGGCACCGCGAAGAACGGCAUCGACGUGAAACGUCCACGCUUGAACGCGAAUCUGGCUGCCGACAAAGCAGGCGUCGUGAAGAUCGUCGCUGGUGGCAUGCACUGUCUCGCGCUUACACAAGACAACAAGAUCCUCUCGUGGGGCGUCAACGAUCAAGGCGCGCUGGGGAGAGACACAACAUGGGAGGGAGGUCUACGCGACAUGGACGCAGAGGAGGACUCGGACAGCGAGAGCGGGGACGACAACGGCAUCAAUCCAAAAGAGUGCACACCAGAGGCGGUUGACUUCUCGCAGACCGAGCUCGCAGAAGGAAUGCGCUUUGCGGACAUCGCCGCUGGUGACUCUUGUUCAUUCGCGGUCACAGAUGACGGUCGCGUGUACGGCUGGGGCACGUUCCGGAAGGGAGACGGUAUUUUCGGCUUCACUUCGCCAGGAAACGUGGUCACCAGGCCUGUACUACUGCCCGACCUCAAGAAGAUCACCUCUAUCGCCACCGGCAGCAACCACGCACUCGCGCUCGACAGCACCGGCGCAGUCUGGGCAUGGGGUGCAGGAGAGCAGAUGCAGCUCGGACGCAGGAUCAUAGCAAGGACCCAAGCAGAAGGGCUCAUACCACGCCAGUUCGGCCUACCCAAAGGACCAAAGAACGGCAUCUCACAGAUCGCAAGCGGCUCGGAUCACAGUUUCGCCAUCUCCAAGAACGGCGCAGUCUACAGCUGGGGCUCCAACAACUUCGGCGAGACGGGCGUCGCAGACGGUGCAGGCGAAGACAACGCCGCGGUCACCAACCCUACUAUUGUCGCUUCCCUGAACGGCAAAGUCAUCACCACCAUCGCCGCCGGCACCCACCACACCAUCGCCGCCACAGAAGCAGGCGAGUGUCUCGUCUGGGGCCGCGUCGACAGCGCACAGUCGGGCAUCGAAAUGGACGACAUCGCCAAACUCCCCGACGACGCCAUCAUCCGCGACCCGAACAAAGGCGAGCCGCGCAUCAUCAUCCUCCCGCAACCCGUCGCCGAGAUCGAGGGAGACGUCUCCGCCGUCGCAGCAGCGGGGGAUCAGUGCAUCGCCGUCACGAAGGAAGGGAAGGCGUGGAGUUGGGGUUUCUCGUCGAACUAUCAGACGGGACAGGGCACGGAUGAGGAUGUCGAGGUCGCGACGUUGAUGGAUAAUACUGCGAUUAGGGGGAAGAAGAUCACCGGGGCGGAGUGUGGGGGGCAGUUUGGCAUGUUGACCGAGCGGGUCCUGCUUGCGAAUGGGGUUUGA